CACUACGCGCGCCUCAGCAGCCUCCUGCGCCGCAUCAGGGACAGCCCCGAGGCCUCGCAGGAGCUGAUGCGCUGGGGGCUGCGCCUGGACCCGGACAUCCACAGGACCCAGGGCCGGGUCCUGCCCGUAGAGAGGAUCAGCCUGCGGCACAACUCCUUCUUCCCGGCCGAGGACCUGAGCUGGAGCAAGGAGGUCACGCGAGAGCCCUCCAUCUCGGCGGUGGCCAUGAAUUACUGGCUCCUGGUUUACCCCAAGCGCCUGCAGGACCUGGCCAAGGACUUGGUGGCCGCCAUGGAGAGCGUCUGCAGCCCCAUCGGAAUGCGCGUCAGCCGCCCCGCCGUGGUGGAGCUCAGCGACGACCGCAUCGAGACCUACGCCAAGACCAUCCGGAGCGUUCUGGGCAGCGAGGACAGGGUGCAGCUGCUCCUCUGCAUCAUCUCCAGCAGCCGGGAGGACUUGUACGGGGCCAUCAAGAAGCUGUGCUGCGUGCAGUCCCCUGUGCCCUCCCAGGUUAUCAAUGCUCAGACCCUCGCGGGUCAGAAGGGCAAGAUGCGGAGCGUGGUGCAGAAGGUGCUGCUGCAGAUCAACUGCAAGCUGGGCGGCGAGCUCUGGGGGGUCGACGUCCCCCUGAAGCAGCUGAUGGUCAUCGGCAUGGACGUCUACCACAGCCGCAGCAGAGGGAUGCGCUCCGUCUUCGGCUUCGUGGCCAGCAUGAAUCAGGUCCUCACCAAGUGGUAUUCCAGGGUGGUUUUCCAGAUGCCUCACCAGGAGAUCGCCGACAGCCUGCGGCUCUGCCUGGCUGACGCCCUGGAGCACUUCCACGAGAUGAACCACUGCUUGCCCAGGAAGAUCGUGGUGUACAGGGACGGCGUGUCCGACAGCCAGCUCGACACCGUGCUCAAGUACGAGAUCCCGCAGCUCCAGAAAUGCUUCGACACCUUCGACAACUACCAGCCCAGCAUGGUGGUGGUGGUGGUGCAGAAGCAGAUCAGCACCAACUUCUACACCCUCACCCCGGAGCAACUGGCCUCCACCCCGCCGGGGACGGUCAUCGACCACACCAUCACCAGCUCCCAGUGGUGA